AUGCCGCCCGCUUGCCGGCGCCCUACUAGAAGAGCGAAGGUGCGGUCGCACGACGAAUGCUCCAGUGAUGCGUUCAGCGACUACUACAGCGAGGAUGAGUACUCCGAUACCUGCGUCCGGGAGAGAAGCUGUGCCAGCAGCAGGACUUUCAGCGUGGGCCGCGAUCUGAGCCGCUCGGCCGAGACCCGAAUUCGGUCGCGCUCCGGCCGCAAUCGGAAUGUGCCAAG